UGUAUUGAUUAUCGGUCGCUGUAACUCCGCAAUGUUUACGUUUUGAUGUCGCGCGAGCACGAGGUUAGCGAGAAUUUAACAACAUACAAUUUUCAAUUUAUUGAAGAAAUAAGGCAUUGAUGUGAUAUUAGAUACCGCUCUUCAUCUGCCAAGAUGGGUCGUGUGUUCCUUGAUCACAUGGGUGGCACCAGGCUCUAUUCAUGCGCCAACUGUGAUUCCAAUCUUACCAACCGAGCUGAGUUACUAUCAACAAGGUUUACUGGUUCAACAGGGAGAGCUUUCCUUUUCAACAAGGUUGUGAAUCUGUCAUACAGUGAUGUACAGGAUCGCAUGAUGAUCACCGGCCGGCACAUGGUCCGUGAUGUCUUCUGUAAGAACUGUGACACCAAGUUAGGCUGGAUGUAUGAAUUUGCGACAGAGGAUAACCAGAGGUACAAGGAAGGUCGCACAAUUCUUGAGAGGGCACUUAUCACAGAGAGGGAUGGAUUUGAGGAGCCCAACACUAGCGAUACAAGUAGUAAUUGAAGAUCUGGAUACUCUUGUAGUGUACACAGAAGCUUUCAUGACAUGAAAGAUAACUACUAUGAACAAGAUAUGCACCAUGUGAUGGAUGUAGAAGGUAGAUGAUUUAAAUCUGGGAAGAGACAGAAUUUCAGUGCCGAGAUGGUAUUGUACAGUGUAGAAAGAUGGGACUAGUCCCAAAGUUGUGUACAUAUUGUACAUUACACUGUAUAUUGCUUCUUUAUUAGAUCGUGAGAAAAGAAGAUGUCAGGAGAGUGUUGUUUACAGAUUUCUUUAAAAAAACAGAUACUAUCCAAACCAAUUCUCAUCAAAUCUUGACAUAUCUUUGUCCUAACUGCUUAAAAUCCAUAAAUCGCAAUAUCAUGAAUUCAAAUAUGAUUCAUUUAAAUGAUCUAUUAAUCUUAAACAUUUUAACCAUUUAUAAGCAUUAGUGAUUAUGAUACCUCAUUCACAGUUGGGGUAAAAUUGAGUAAAAAUUGAUCUUAUGUGGGAUAAAUUUGCGUAGGUGAGAGUAUUCUUAUCAGGAAUUAUCUUGCGGGGGCUCAGUGUGAACUUACGCUUGAUGCAAGUCAAGCCACCACUAUGAAUGGGGUAUGUCAACACAUGUAUCUAUAACCCCCCAAAAAUAUUGCAGCCACUUUAGAAGUCAAGUUUAAAUUUUGUUUACCGGUAGAUGAAAAUUAAUGAAGAUUUUCAUUUGCACUUCCAAUUGAUUCUAAAUCUUUUCCCCUUCAUUAAUUUUGGUACUUCCUUCAUCAUGUAGUUUUGGAAAAUUCAAAAAUUUUGUAUAAAAAUGUUGGCUUUUUUAGGAAAAAAAAAGCUAUAUUGGACUAUGAUAAUAUUUCUUCAAUGGAGUUUACCAAUUGGACAGUCUUAAAAGAUUUUGCUUUAUUUCCAGAUAACAUUUUAUUAAGGUCAGUCAUUGAAUGGCACUUAUGGUCUCUUUGAAAUGUGUUCAUUUCCUUAUAUUGUCUAAACAUAAACACUAAAGUUAUGUAAAACUACAUUUUCAUGUAAUGAAAAUAGUUACAAAAUCCAAGAUAUAUGUACAUGUAAAAACAGUACAUAUAUUUGAUUAUCAUUUCUGUCAUCUCCUUUGCAUGUGCACAUUAUUAGGGGCAUGUGGUAGAGAGAGUUUUAACCUUCUUAUUAUCCAUUCAAGGAUUAUAUCUUAAAUGUUAGUUUAUAUACUAGUCAGUACUUGGUAAUCAUAAUGAAGUGUAUAUUUCAUUAUUUGGAUUUUUAAGAAUGAUUAAUCUUCAUUGGCAGAUAAAAGAUUUCAGAAUGAAAGGAAUGGAAGUCAUUUGAAUAUGCAACAUGGUUAUUGAAGAUAAGAAGAGUGUGUGUGAUGGUUAAGAGAAUGGUGAUUGGAUGGGAAAGGUAAAUAUAUGUUAUAAUGUUAUUUUCUUAAUUUCUUGUAAAUAUAUAUUUUUUCUAAAAAAACAAACACAGGAAGCAUUAUUUUAGGUUUCUUUAUUGCAGAUGUAAAGUGAAGUGAUUAAAAAUUGUAACAGAAGAAUUUAGAGAAUUUAUACAUUGCGGAAAAUGCUUACCGGUAAGAUUUUACUCAUAUACAAAGAAAGCUUUCAUAUCUAGAAUUUUAGACGAAUGUUUUUUUCUUCUUCAAGAAUUCAAUGUACAAUGUGUGCAAAACAUGUUUAUUUUCUGUCUCAAAGAAUAUUUUCAUACAGCGUACCAAUGGAUGGGAAUCCGGAAUAUAAAUCACUGACAAGCUAGUGUUAUUUUAAGACAUGUGCUAUCAAUAAUUUUGUUUAUAGCCAGUCUCUCUUCCUCUAAUUUUGUUAUUAGCAUAACAAUGAAUGUCCUUAGCAAUGUUUGAACUAAGUGAUAAUGAUUCAAUAGGUUAAAAUGCUUGUAUGGCUUUGUCAAACUUAUGUAUUAGGCUGCUUUAGGCAGGUCAUUUAUUACAAUUGAAAAGCAGUGCACAAGAGGAGAGUUCCAUAUAGCCAUUAGUUGUGCCUUAUUCAAAUUUGUCUUGUAAUAAGAUGAAUGUAUCUCAUGUAUAUAAUGUGGCACUUAUGUUGUGGUAGAAACCUCUUUGACUUAAGCAGAUAAUCUACAAUUUGAAAUACUAAUGUAUAAUUAUUUUGCUAUCAUUCCUCUAUGAAAAAUAUUCAUUGGCCUUCAAAUUUAAUUUUACCUUUCUUCUAAUAUUUAUAGUACAUGCUAUCAUAAAAUUGUUAUAGCUUGUAUAACUAUAAGGACACUUGUCAGACACACUCUAUUUGAUGUUUAUUAAAUAUUGAAAAACUUAAACCAAUUUAAAGCAGUAAAAUUUCAUGUAAAAUUCCGCGUCGUACUUUAUGAAAUAAAGAACUUUUCAAUACAUGACACCUCCCUGCUGUAGUCAUACCUAGAACAUUGUUCAGCUUCAAGUUUAUGACUGGAAUCUUACUUCCAAGAGAAUGUAAAUGGUCCACAUUUCAUAGGCGUGUCAUAACCAUACAAGAUACUCAUACACUCUCUACUAUAAUAUCAAAGUUUAAAAAAAUCAUUACAUUCACUCAGUUUAUUCCUUCAUAUGGUACACCUAAAUCUGGUCCUAGAAAUGGUGACAAGUAAACAACUUUUCCUUUGGUAGAUGAAACUGGUUAUAAGCAUCUAUAUUGGUAAUGUUGGUGUUUUGUUAUAUGGGAGAUAAUGAAUCCAAUGACGUAGUAGUAUAUGAAUACACUAAAACUUGCUUAUGAGCUUAUCCUCAUUGUUCAUUCCCGGCAUUCUCUGUAUACAUGUAUAUUUUACUUCUGAAUACCUUAGAUUUUGCUUCUACAGAAAAGGUGAAAUAAAUGGCAUGCUGUAUGCUUUUUUUCUCUGAAAA